AUGGGUACACUGACGGCAGACUGUCCGCGCCUGGACUCACAUUGUCCACAUAAGCUCGCGACCUCAUGUAGGCUUACAUCGACACCAAAUUGCUGCGCGUGCGCCGACGAGAGGGUGCACUCACAGACAUACAGGGUAUACAUCGAUGGCGUCGGCUUCGUGCAGCGAGGUACGCGCUGGCAGGGCUACUGUUGGUUCUGCAAAGAGUUCUGGACCAACCGCCUCGCCGCCACCGAUCCGCCCCUAGAAAUAUCGCAAACACGCAUCCCCGAGAUUCCGGAUCAGACCGAGUUCCUAGAGCGAUGGUGGGAAUUUUACCAAGGAUAUAGGGUUGCAAGGCUUUCCGAUGGCAACGAACAACGCAUGUCGGUUAUAGGCGAGCCGCUCAAGGAAGUCAGCCCCGGCUUCCUGCCUCGGACACUGGAUCAAUUACGAGCCGGCGUAGAGAACGACGCGCGGAGACCAGAGAACCGAGUCAGGAGACGGCGACUGUCGUCAGAAGACGAGCAACCAGACCAGCCUCAGCCGAGUUUGGAAGACGUUCUGGACGAUCUACUGAACGAGGCGGAGGCGGAGGAAGAAAUACCAAGCAUGGAGUUGUAUCUUCUGCCACAAGCAUCGGAUACUCUUGAUCGCGAGCCAUCAGAGUCCUCACGCCCAUUGACUAGGAGAGCUGCCCAAUUGCAGCUUACACGAGAACGAUUCGCUCGUGUGUUUGGCAGCCGCGAAGAUGUACAACAAGACGAUUACGAAUCACCCCUCACAACAAUGUAUGGUAGAGCAUACGAUCGCUAUCGGCAAGCUGAAGAGCGACGGGCAGAAGGCACUAGUAGUGCGCCUUCGCUAGAUGGACUAUCGGCCCAAGAGCGACGCGACGUUGAAGAACAGUUACUAUGGGGUGUCAUACGUGAGUCUCAAGCCAUGCCAGAAUCGUUAGAGAGCGAAUUCGAUGUUUGGGGCUAUCCAUUCGUUCAGAGAAAUACGGGGCCUCUCUCAAGUACCGUCUCUGCCAGCCUUACCGAGACAGGGCUUUCGAAUGCUUCAACGACUGGGCCGCCAGGGUCAAAUAGUAUGGUCUACUCUUUCGGCGGGGCACCACGGACCACCACACCCUCCACGACCGCAGGACCCAGCGGCUCGAUGACUAGGACAUAUCCUCUACUCGGCAUAGAAAACCUACACCUGCGCUUUCAAGAAUCUACGCGCUCCCUACUCGCCCACCAUGCUGGCAAUGCGGUCACUCUGGAUAAUCAGCCCGAUCGUCCUCCUCCAAAGACAGACGAAGAGAUGACCAAGACAUUGGCGUGCCAGGUGUGCUACCAGCAGCUUGCAGAUACUGUGGUACUGCCGUGUGGGCAUAUGGUCAUGUGCCAGUGGUGCGCGGAUGUAGUGGUUCCAGUUCGGCAUAGUCAUUUACCUGUGAGUCCGACCAAGUGUCCGAUGUGUAGAAAGCAGGUCAAGCAAAGGUUCAAGGUCCAUAUGGGGUCAUGA